AUGGAGAGCAGCCCUGAGGAGAAGGUUGGGAGCUCUGAGGGAAGAGACAGGGACCUGGAGAAGCUGGAGAAGGGGACCCAUGGGGACCUCCUGAGAUCCAACGAGGCCAAGGGGAGGUUCCUGCACCUGGAGCAAGUCCUGAUUUCCAGGAAGGCAGCUGAGCUCCUGCCUGUCAUCAGGGGGGGACUCGGGGACUUCAUCAGAGAGGGACUGAGCUGGGCUGAGCCCAGUCUGGAGCUGCUGGAGGAGAAGUUCAACUCUGAAGCUGAGUGUGUGUCCCAGGAACAACACAGACACGCCAAAGGAUUUCUCACCUCAGCCUCGGCGCACCGUGGGCUGCAAGACUGGGAGAUGCUGGGAAGUGACUUGAAUUCCUUCAUCAGCGGGCACGUGGAGAAGACGUGUGAGGAUCUGAAGAGACAAAGUAUAAUCAAGGACAUGGAAGAGACUUUCCGAGCCAGGGAGCCUUCGGGUCAGCCCAAAGCCAAGUCAGGGGCCAGCGACUCCAAAGCCAACGAAGCCGUCGCAAACCAAGAGUUCCUCCGCUUGCUCAAGCGCCUCGGCCUAGAAGGUGCCUACCCAAGGAAAAUGGGGACAGAAGCUUUCCACAUCAUCUGCAGCACAUCUUUACGUGACGGCCAGCCCAGCAGGGACCACGAGCUGCCCCUUUUCUUCCUGCAGAAGCUUUUAACCGUGGAUUACCGGGUGAGGUACCUGACGUGCAAGGACGAGAGCGACCCGGGACGCGCGCCCGUGCCGACCCCCCCCAAGCAGGAGCGCCGAUUCUCGGGUGACUUUGAGGAGCUUUUCAAUGAUCUGGAGGAGGAGGCCCCCGACUCUGCCAGCGGGGAGAGUCACGUGCACCCCAUGGACAUCCAGAUGGCCCUUUUCCAUUGCGCGGACGAUUUCAUGAGGCCGUACAUGACGAUGAAGCUCGCGUUCUGCCAGUUCGCUCUGCCCCUCCUGGUACCCAACCCCUGCACCUCCCAGAUCGAAUUUCCCCUCUGGUCCCUCAGCCAGAUUAAGAAGAGCUGGAAAGGGGCCGAGAAGUCGGCAAAGGGGGCCCAAACCAAGAGUUACAACAACAAACUCAUUUGCCAGGCAGAGACGCCCAUCGUGUCCUUCACACGCAUCGGCAGCUCUCCCAGCUCUUCCAAGUCUCAGAUCCUCAACGCUCUCCUGAGCAAACAGAAGCACGACACUUUUUUCCACCGACAUUGCAAGAGCAGCACCAGAGACUGCUUGCUGAUGAAAGGGCUGGUGGAGAUCUCCUGGUACUGUCCCCGGGGCAGCGACGACGACAGCUUUGACCGCUGCGUCGCCUUCUGUAACCUGCGCGGAGACGCCAGGGAGCACGAGAAGCAGAUGCGCUUCCUACGGGAGAUCUCGGCGGUGAACGUGGUUUUCCUGUCCGAGUCCAGCCAGAGCGACCCGAAAGGGAAGAAAAUUCUAGAGGAGCUGUGGCAGUCGCAGAGGCCUUUGGUUUGUCUUUUCACGGAGAAAGAGAAGGUGGCAGCUGGCAGAUCCAGCCAAAUCCUCAGGAUCGCUGUCAAGAACAGGAACGAAGCGGAAUUAAUGGCUGAGCUGACAAAAACCAUCAGGGAUCUCCUGGAAGGCUCCAGCACCGUUCUCAGCCUCGACGCUUGCACGGAGAAAGCUCGCGAGCACGGCUUCUUGGUCGACGAAGACACGGAGGCUUGUGUGACAGCUAAAGAGGAGGCAAAGGCGCUGGUGGAGCUGCUCAAGAGAGAGAAGUUGGCUGAGAUCAAGUCCCACCUGCUGCCGCUUCAAGGCAAACUCUGGUACUCGUGGUGCAAAAAGGACAAAGAGCUCACUCGGCUGCAGGAAAAGAGGAACAGGAGCAUCGAGCAUCACCGGAGCCAAAUUGAAGCUCAGAAGCUGGCAAUAAGGAGACAGCAACGAGAGAAAGCGUUCCCCCUCAACCCCCUGAUGAGAUCCAUCCUCAGCUUUCUCCAGUCCCAGCCAGCAGACACCAAGAAAUACUUCCUGCAGUGGAUGAAGGUCUUCACAGACGACCUGUCCUCCGAUCGCCUCGACCAGCUGAAGAGACAGUAUCACCAGCUCUGGUCUGAGAUCCUGGCAAUGAAGAAAAGCGGUGAAAAGAGCAGCCUGAAGGACCUGUUGGUGAGCGAGCUGGAUCAGCUCUCGGAGGAAAUCAACAACUCCUCCAUCGGCCUGGAGCACAUUCUGAGAGAGGUCGGGCAGAUUUAUGAAGCUGUGGAAUCCAUGGACUCCGAGAGUAAAUGUGUUGUCAAACUCCCCGAAAUUGCAGCUGAUCUGAUGCUCUCAGGGUACCCCGUGGAGCUGAUGGACGGGGACGCUUCCUACGUGCCUCUGCGAUGGGUGGGAGCCAUCUUUGAGAGAUUAAUUGAGAAGCUGGGGGACAAACGAGUCUUUGUUCUUUCUGUGCUGGGCAUCCAGAGCACGGGGAAGUCAACCCUGCUGAACGCCAUGUUUGGUCUGCAGUUUAACGUCAGCGCGGGGAGAUGCACCCGGGGAGCCUUCAUGCAGCUGAUCAGGCUGGAGGAGAAACUGCAGCGGGAUCUGGACUUUGACUACAUGCUGGUGGUCGACACGGAGGGACUUCGGGCCAUCGAGAUGGCCAAUAAACAGUCCUUUCACCACGACAACGAGCUGGCCACCUUUGUCAUCGGCAUCGGCAACGUGACCCUGAUCAACAUCUUUGGAGAGAACCCUUCCGAAAUGCAGGACGUCCUGCAGAUUGCUGUGCAGGCUUUUCUGAGGAUGAGGCAAGUGAACCUCUCUCCGAGCUGCCUCUUUGUGCACCAGAACGUGGGAGAAAUCACCGCCAAGGAGCAGAACAUGGAAGGACGAAGACGUCUGCAGCAAAAGCUGGAUGAAAUGACUGUGAUAGCUGCCCAGCAGGAGUUCUGUGACGUCCGCAGCUUCAGCGAGGUCAUCCGCUUCGAUGUCAACACCCACGUUCACUACUUUGCUCACCUCUGGGAAGGAAACCCCCCAAUGGCACCACCCAACCCCACCUACAGCCAGAACGUCCAGGAACUGAAGAGCAAAAUCCUCCAAGCUGCCAAGAAGGAGUCGCAGGGCAGCGUCUUGAGGCUCUCCGGCUUGAAAGUCCGAAUCAGCGACCUCUGGAAUGCUCUGCGGAACGAGAACUUCAUCUUCAGCUUCAAGAACUCCCUGGAGAUUGCCGCAUACAAUAACCUGGAGGCCGCCUUCAGUCACUGGAGCUGGCAGCUGAGGAGUCACAUCUUGGACUUGCAAAUGAAGCUGACCAAUAAGAUUCAGAACGGGGAGUUGCAGAAGGUCACCUUGGGCGACCUUGAGCAGCUGGUGCGGGGGAAAAGCGAUGCCAUCGACAAGGACAUGGAAAAGUAUUUCAGUGAAGACAAGGACCAUGAGAUCCUGAUCCAGUGGAGAAAAAGCAUGGAGCUGAAGCUGAAAGAACUGAAAGCCUCUCUUCUUUCUGAAACCCGAAAGAAGUGUGAGAAUCUCAUUGAGCUGAGGAAGAACCAGUGUAAACUGGAUGAAAGGAAGUCCAAAUACGAAGACGAGCUCCUGAAAAGGAGCAGGCAGUUGGCUCUGCAGCUGAAAGGCCAGAGCCUAAGUGAAAAACAGCUGAGAGACAACUUUCUUUCCCUCUGGGCACUCUGGAUUGCUGAAGUCUCCUCCACUGCCUCCCCUCUGGAAAAGGUGGAUAUCGAUGUGGAAAUAGAAGAUGUCCUUCUGGAGCACUUUAAGGAGCCCAACUUCCUCGAGCGGAUCCGGGAAUUCCCCCGCCACAAAGCGUUUGCUGUUGACUUGGAGAGACACAUUGCUGUGAAAAAGCCCAACUCCAUGCUUGAGAGAGGUUGGAGGAGUUUAAAGAAAUCAGUGGGCUACAAUGAUCUGGAUGCUGCAGAGGGAAACACAAUCACCAGCAUCACCCAGAGCGUCAUAGAGCGUGUGAAGGCAAACAUUGAUAGGAAGGAAAAGGAGAAAAGGGAUUUCAGUAGGAGUUUCAUUCAUGAAAUACUAAAUGAGGUCAAGACGGGCAUGAGCUCUGUCCCGAGCACUGCAAGAUACACUUUUAACAAAGAUUACAAGAUCGAUUUAUCUCUGUUCCUGUGCAGCAUGGCAGCAGGAAGGUUUAAAGACAUGCACGCGGCGUUCGAGAGAGCAAACAAUCCAACUGUCUACCUGGAGAGCAAGAGAGAAGAUUUCUUUAGGUGCUUCCAGAUUUCCUGCCAAGGUGUCCCAGCUCUUGACCAGGAGAUCUACAAGACAGCUCUGAGGAUAGCUGAGAGCAUGCAAGAUGAUGUCCCAGAUUUCAAGAGCUCCAUUCCCUUCUCUGGACACUCUCCAGCCCCUCCAUCUCCUUCUGCUCCUGAGAGGCCCAGAACUGACCCCAGGAUUGGGGGUGCAGCCUCACUAAAUUCCCAGCCACUCUCCCAAGUUCCCCAGGAACUUCUGGAGGAGAAUCAUCACUUUCUGCCCUGGGACAUCUCCCCAGGGGCACCCUGAGCUCCCACCAGUCUGUUCCUCUCCCUUCAGCCCUGUGCCGCCUCCCUUGUUCCCUUCCCUCCUCAUCCCUGCUCUGUGACCCCAGAGGGUCAUGGCUCCACUCAGUCCUUGCAGGAAGCCAGGGAGGGGUUUCCAAGGACGUUCUUCCCCAAUCCCAGGCUAAAUCUGGUGUCUGUGGUCUCCUGCCCGGGGUCUGCAGCCACCCAGAGCCGCUUACCUCUUGUGCACAGGGAUCAGGAGAGGAUCACCCUGCUUAGCACCCAGAGCUCCUGGUGAUGGACAGAGGCUUCCCCAGGACAGAACCUAAAUCCUGACGUGGUCACCACGGUCACACUGCUG